AUGGACGAUGAGGAAAUGGAGGAAUUCAACAGCAACAAAGAUUUCGACAUCGAGUACGAUCCCCUAGUCGCCGCGAUAGCUGCAGCAGCGGGUUCCGACGACGUUGGCGAUGAGAAUAUCUCGAUUGUGCAGAGCAAAAGCUUCGUGUUCACACAGGGAUGGGAUUCGGAGAUGAUUGUGGAUUAUAGGAUAAAUGAGGAGGAAUUUCAUAAGAUUAGUUUUAUGCACUGUCAUUUCUUCAUUAGGAAGUCGUCGGAUUCCAACAGCGAUGUUUAUGAUUUUAGAGAGAUGUAUGUUACUCCUCCGGAUACUGAUGUUUAUGUCGUCCCCAAAGUUCUUGCUCCCUCCAAUGCCUCAAAAGAACCACCUAUUGAUGCACCUAGAGAUCCAUUAUACAAGUCUGAAAAGGAGGUUCUUAAGGUUUUCUUGACGAAGCACUUCAAAAAUCGAAGGCUGUGGGACCCUGAAUUUAUCCUAGAUUUUGAGAAAAUAUAUGUAAUUGAUUCAAAAACCAAGUCAAUCACUAGGGCAAAAGUCCUGCGGCUUGAGGAUAUUGCCAAGAAAGCUGAUGGCAUUGAAGUCGUGUUCGGUCGCCUUGACGGACUACCCAUCCAAGAGUUAUUGACUAGAGUCGACGCUCUAAAGUCCCGAGUUAUGAGAACGGGAAAUGUCACCUACGAGCGUGGGGACAGUUAA